CGGACUCCCCCGCCCGCGCCUCUCCGCGGUCUGGUUGCACAGCCGGCGGUUCUAGGAAGUCGUCGCUUCCGGGAAGGGCUGGGACACAAAGGACAAAAGAUUAGGCGGCUCGCCCCGCCUCGCCCUUCUGUCCCGCCCCACGCGCCCUCCCGGCCGGCUGGCGCCGCCGCCUCUCAGUUCCUGACCGCCGUCGGUGCGAGCCGGUUGCCUGUCCUGCACUGGCUCCCUUCAGCCGCCGCCGUCCGGCCGAGCCCCAGCUCCCGAGCUGCCGCUGCCGCUGCCGGGACAUGGUCCUCUGCGUUCAGGGACCUUGUCCUUUGCUGCCUGUGGAGCAGAUCGGGCAGCGGCCCCUGUGGGCCCAGCCCCUGGAGCUGCCUGAGCCAGCUAUGCAGCCUUUACCUGCCGGGGCCUUCCUGGAGGAGGUGACAGAGGAGACCCCGGCCCAGCCAGAGAGUGAGCCCAAAGUGCUGGACCCAGAGGAGGAUCUGCUGUGUAUAGGCAAGGCCUUCUCCUACCUUAGGGAAUCUGGCUGGUACUGGGGUUCCAUUACGGCCAGCGAGGCCCGCCAACACCUGCAGAAGAUGCCAGAGGGUACGUUCCUCGUACGGGACAGCACUCACCCCAGCUACCUGUUCACACUGUCAGUCAAAACCACCCGAGGUCCCACCAACGUGCGCAUUGAGUAUGCCGACUCCAGCUUCCGCCUGGACUCCAGCUGCCUGUCCCGGCCGCGCAUCCUGGCCUUCCCAGACGUGGUCAGUCUCGUGCAGCACUACGUGGCCUCCUGUGCUGCUGACUCCCGGAACGACAGCCCUGACCCUGUCCCCACCCCGGCCCUCUCUAGCCCUAAGGAAGAGGCGCCUAGAGACCCAGCGCUGCCCGCCCCUGCGGCCACUGCUGUGCACCUAAGACUGGUGCAGCCCUUUGUGCGCAGGAACAGUGCCCGCAGCCUACAGCACCUCUGCCGCCUGGUUAUCAACCGUCUGGUAGCCGACGUGGACUGUCUGCCACUGCCCCGGCGCAUGGCCGACUACCUCCGACAGUACCCCUUCCAGCUCUGACCCAGCCAGGCCUCCUUCCCUGCCUCACCCAGCCAUCCCCUGGAGGGGACAAUGGCCCCAGCUGGACUUGGGCUCUCACUGUUUCUCCUCCAGUCAUCCUGCUCUCACGUUACCUGGACCAGGAAGAGUCAGCAAGACCAAAGCUGGGCACGAAGGGUAGGGGCAAGUGUCACACAACUAGGAGGUCGCACCCGCAGCUACUAUGUGGCUCCAUUGUGGUGAGCCAUGUGUCAGAAGAGAGGGAGACAGGCAGGCCCUCCUCUCACCCUGUGGGCUGGGCCCAGGCCCCCACUCGCCUGCUGUGGCCUCCUGAACUGUGCAGACUUUGCCGGCCCUGGCUUCUCCAUUACCGGGGUGGGGCCGGCCUCCUCCUGCCAGCCGCCCUUCUCAGGGAGGAUGGCGGCCAGAGGACUUGAGGUUGACAGUGACAGUGUCUUGGUGGGGAAGCAGGCCAGCCUGGGCACUGCGCAGUUAUACAGUAUUUAUUUAUUUAUUCCCUUGGUUGGUCUCAGGGCGAGCCAACCCCACCUCUCUGCCCUGAGCCCUGCGUGCUGCGGAGACCCCACCUCUGACCCAGCUUCUCUAGUUCUUCCCUGUGGAGAGCCCCAUCCUGAGACGGGUUGCUGGACCCAAGGCAGUCAUGGAUGUCCUGGAGCUGACACCCCCAACCUGUGAAUGUGUCCACCCUCUUCUGCCCCCAGCCCUGUCUGGAAAGGGUGAUUGAAUAGACAAGAAAAUGGAGCCACAGUGUGGGCACCCAGCAAAGCCUGGCACUCAUCCCAUGGCAGGGCAGAGCCCUGUCUGCGCAGAGCUGGUCUCGCUAGGGCACAAUCCUGCAUGAGUACAUGUGCCAGGUCGGGAAGGGCAUGCCAAUUCAAGGGCUGCCGCUCCACUCUGCUGGGUCUGCUUCCUGCCCACGGAGGUUCCUGCCAUGAGACAGGGAAAGAAAUACAUAUCUGAUAAGAUUUUAUAAAAUAAUUAUUAUAACCAAAAAAAUCAGUUUGGUAGUUUUAUUUCUUCCACCGAUUUUCUUGUAAUGACAAUAAAAUUGUACCUUUCAUUUGUGGA